GCUUAUUAACAAUUACAAUGAACACUGCCAGGAAAAAGAAAAUUCCUGGCGAAAGGAAGAUCGCAGGUCUUCUUCUUCUUCUACAUCGGGGCAGAUUAACGUAGAGAUUCUUUUCAGGUUUGAGAACUGUAGGUGUUUUAUAGUCUUUGGAACUAAAAUCUUUACAUAAUGGCAAGGAUCAAACCACAAGCUUUACUGCAACAAAGCAAGAAGAAGAAGAGUCCCAGUCGUGUCAGCAUCCCGACAAUCAUUAUAUAUUCUCUAAUUGUUGUUGUCAUGGUGUUUUUCCUGUAUUCUACUUACAGACAUUGGUCUCAGAGGUCAGGAAUUCAAACAGUGGAAACAUUUUCUGGUGUAGAGGAUGGUGAUGCAUUUAUUAGUUCAAAGAAAUCAAAUAAUCCCAAAUAUGCUAUUUUAAACACUUCAAAGGGUUUCAUAACAGUGGAGCUGUACAAGAAUGGUUCUCCUGAGGUGGUUGAUGAAUUUAUCAAUUUAUGUCAGAAGGGACAUUUCAAGGGGAUGCCUUUUCAUCGUGUAAUUAAGAAUUUUGUGAUUCAAGGAGGUGAUUCAAAUCAACCUGGUGCUACUGAAGAUUGGACUACUAGAGGAAAACAUAACAGCCAUCUUGACACGAGCCUGAAGCAUGAAGCGUUUAUGCUUGGUACCUCUAAGGUGAAACCUGACAAAAAGGGUUUCGAGCUUUUCAUUACGACGGCUCCCAUCCCUGAUCUGAAUGAAAAGUUGAUAGUUUUUGGACAGGUCAUCAAAGGUGAAGAUGUUGUGCAGGAAAUCGAGGAGGUAGAUACAGAUGAACAUUAUCAACCUAAAUCUCCCAUUGGUAUCAUCAACAUUACCCUAAAAGAGACUGUUUAAAGGACUUUCUUAUUGUGUAUGGCUGCACAUCAUAGAGGAAACCUUUUUUUUAUGGGAGAGAUGUGGCUUAUUUCUUUUCUUUUCUUUUCUUUCCACCUCCCUUGAUAUUAUAAUUUCACACUCCACACUAGAAGAAGUAUGCUCCCAGAAAUUAUUUUAAUCUUUGUUGUUUAAGCCAAAAUUUAUUUGAAAGUGUUUUAAUCACAGAUUAUAUAUAGAUAUUGUCAUGUAUUUCUAGUCACUUUUUUUUAGUUGGAAUUUUAUCAAUCCCACAGCUAUGGCAAUGCAUUCAUUACACCUAUGUUGAUUAAUUUGAGAGAUGAACAUUCAAUCCAGUUUCAGAACAAUGAAGAAAGUUCAUAAAGAAGCAAUUUCUUGUUCAA